AUGAUUGAUAUAUUGCCAUUAUCGCGUGUUUCACGGGCGUUUGGCUCAGAAGUUGCUUAUUCAGAUUCGUUGUCGAAUGUACAUAAAUUCAAUGCACGUCUUCUACGCGAAAGACGUCUUCGUUUACGUUUACCAUUUGUUGAUUCACAAACUCAUAUUAUACAAACACCAACACAAAAUCAUUUAUGGAAACAGCCGACACAACGUCUAAUGCCUUUUCGUCACGAUCAAGUGACGUACUAUGCCCGGAAAGAGUGGCAUAAAAGAAGACCACACCCACCGUCUAGUGCAACUCAACAUCAGACCAGUAAUUCAACGGCGAACACGAAUGGCACCGGCGAGCAACCAUCAGAUAUUUCAUCGACGAAAGCAAAUAGUACAAAUGAAACGAUGUCUACACCAUCAGUAAUCGAAGAUGACCCUCGUGUUCUGAUACGAGCUGGUGAAUUAGGAAUGUCAAGUUCAGAUGUUCAUGUUAUUUCUUCAAUUGAAAAUCCUGCUAUGGCAGGUAGUCGGUUCGCUGGUGGCUCCAGCGAUGAUUCAUCGCAAUCUUCUGCUCCACCACUGACUGGUCUCGUUCAACCUCAACAACCACAUUGGCCUCAACAUAACAUAACUUCACAAAAUCAUCAUUUGCAAAACUAUAUUCUUGACGGUGACGAUGAUUUGGACGAUAUGGACUAUGACGACUAUGGAGCUACUGGCCCGGGAACACCUGGUGGUCCAUCAUCGCCAGUAUCUUCAGGAACGUCACGCUCAAAACGUGGCAGUUCCUCUAAACGUUUAUCACAUUCGAGUACAAGAAAGAGUAACACUGGUGGAAGUUUUACUGGAAAUGGUAAUGCAGCAACUACCAAUGCGCCUAUUCAUCCUGGCCAUCGCCGUCAACAAUAUACACUUGCCGAAUUGCCAUUCGUGUGCGAAUUCUGUCCGGCACGAUAUAAAACGAAACCUGGCUUACAAUAUCAUCUAGCUAAGCAUAAAGAAGCAAAUACAGAUCAUCGACCAUCAUCGUCAUCGACACCUUCAGCUGCUGACAAUGGUGGAUCAGUCUCGCCUACAUCGGCUAUGAUGCGAUCAAAACACAUGAGUCCAUCUGGUGAUCUUCCACCACAGCAACACCCCAUGUACGCAAAUCAGCCAAUGCCAAGUGGCCCUAUGAUGCAUGGUAAUAUGGGUGGACAAUUACCUCCUGGUGUUGGUGGACCAGGCAUGCCAGCAGCGCCCUAUCCAUUGAACCAUCCUUCUCAUCAGCAACCGUACGGCAUGCCACUACAAUCUCGCCAGCAUCCGAUGCCGCCGUCAGCUUCAAUGCCACUUACUGUUGCCGCUCUAUCUGGUUCAGCACCAUCGAAUAGUGUAACCUAUUAUCCUCAGCAACAACAUCAAAUGGCACACCAACAGCAUAUGAUGAUGAUGCAACAACAACAACAACAGCAGCAGCAGCAACACCAACACCAAUACCAACAACAGUUUCAACAACCACCAAAACAAUCAACUCCAUCAGCUGACCCUUCAACAACUUCUGCGACAGGUGUUCAAUGUGACUUCUGUGGUGGUGAUGAACAAGAAAAUAAAGCAACAAAACUACCAGAACAAAUGAUUUCUUGCAAGGAUUGUGGAGGUUAUGCACAUCCAACUUGCCUUAAAUUCACUCCCAACAUGGUUCGUCAAGUGAAGACAUAUCCAUGGCAGUGCAUGGAAUGUAAAACGUGUACAGAAUGUGGCAAUUCUGAAAAUGAUUCGGAGCUUCUAUUCUGUGAUGAUUGUGAUCGUGGCUAUCACAUGUACUGUUGCACACCACCCUUAUCAGCUGCACCUGAAGGCGAUUGGCGAUGUAAAUUAUGCUGUGCUCAAUUUGGCGAACUACGAACUUGA